AAAAUAUAUGAAAAAAAAAAUUUAACACCCUAAUUUCUAUGCCUCGUUAAUCGAUUCAUCGAUUUUCAUGGCUCACGAUUCAAGAUUAGAAAACAAAAUGUAAAAAUCCAGAACGAGAUUGGAAAAGAGUCCUCUUUCAUCUGUUUCUUAAAUUUCGUCUUCUUCGUAUGAAUGUAUUAUUUCCUCUUUAUGGUCACUGUAUCGCAUGCUCAAAGAGGAUGUGUUUACAGGCAAGAUCAGUCUCCCUCUAUGCGACUUGAAUGCUCAUCCAGCCAGCAUAUCAAUUCGACCAAAGAGAUUGCUGGUUGUGGGUUUAUUGGUUGAAGCUGUUCUUCCGUUUUGAGGCAACCUGUUUGAAUUUGUGUCUGACAGUGGCUGUUUAUUUGCGAGUUCUAUUCGCAUUUGGGUUCCUCAUAAUUGGGUUAGGUCCACUGAACUUCACACUCAUUAUUUUUGUCGUUAUCGACAUUGCUGGCCGACUCUUAUCGUUACGCAAAAUCGCGAAUGAUGGGGUGACGUGUGCCGUGAUGCCUGCAGGAACAAUUUGGGUGCUGUCGUAGGCUGAUAGCUUGCCUUUCUCUUUUACUCUCUUGCUAUUUAUAACAUUUCCAACUCUGAAAAUGUUCACGCCUCUUCUGUUUAUUCAACAUUACGGCCACAUUCAUAAGUGCAGACCCACCAAGAAUUAUCAAAUCCUCUUAUAUGAUUAUUGUUUAUUUGAUUCUGAUUUGAGGUCUUAUAGAUUUGGAAGCAUGAUUUACAUCCUAUGAUAUGUAAAGAUUGAUUGCCAGUAGAAGAAGCAAAUCUUUUCUGCGUAAUAUUUUUGUCAUCUGAUAGAAGCAUGGCACAAGAUUGUAGAGAGGCAUUACUAAAGAAGAAUUAUUAUGAGAAUUGUCCAGGAUGUAAGGUUGAUCAACUCAAAGAGUUGAGAAGAGGGCUGCCAAUUCGAGAACUUGUUUCUAUAUGGAUUGUUGUGCUCUGCACUGCACUUCCAAUAUCAUCUCUCUUUCCAUUCCUCUAUUUCAUGGUUAGGGAUUUUAAUAUUGCAAAGCGGGAGGAAGACAUUGGCUAUUAUGCUGGAUACAUUGGGUCUUCAUUUAUGUUUGGAAGAGCUUUGACAUCCGUCUUUUGGGGAAUAGUAGCUGAUCGCUAUGGACGAAAGCCUAUUAUAAUUAUAGGGACAACCACAGUAGUUAUUUUCAACACUCUCUUUGGCCUUAGCACAAAUUUUUGGAUGGCUAUUACUACAAGGUUUUUGAUGGGGAGUUUGAAUGGUUUGCUUGGACCUAUAAAGGCAUAUGCAUGUGAAAUUUUCCGGGAAGAACACCAAGCCUUAGGAUUAUCAACUGUAAGUACCUCAUGGGGAAUUGGACUGAUCAUUGGCCCAGCUCUAGGAGGUUUCCUCGCUCAGCCAGCGGAGAAAUAUCCAAAUAUUUUUCCCAAGGAAUCUUUAUUUGGAAGGUUUCCAUACUUCCUACCCUGCUUCUGUAUAUCAGUUUUUGCAUUGGGAGUCAGUAUUGCUUCUUUUUGGCUUCCGGAAACAUUACAUAUGCACGACGAGGAAAGAUUCUUGAGUGAUGACUCAUUUGAUGCUAUGGAAACUGCACCUAGAGGGUCUGAAGGAAUUGAAAAAAGACCAAGCAAUGUAAGAGGCAAACAAUCAUCUGGAGAAAGCCUUAUAAGGAAUUGGCCUUUGAUGUCAUCUAUCAUUGUUUACUGCAUCUUCUCUCUUCAUGAUAUGGCUUACACAGAGAUAUUUUCAUUAUGGGCCGUUAGCCCUAGAAAGUUUGGGGGCCUGAGCUUUUCAACUGAGGAUGUUGGGGUGGUUCUUGCCGUUUCAGGUUUCAGCCUUUUUGUCUUUCAACUUUCUUUAUAUCCAUACGUGGAAAGGAUUCUUGGACCUAUAACAAUAUGUCGCCUUUCUGGGGUAACAACUCAAUGCUUUCUAUUCCAUGUUAUAUCCAUACCACUGUUGUCAAGUUACCCUUUUAUUGCCAUGUUGUCGGGGUUCAGCCUUACCCUUCUGCUAAAUUGUGCGUCUAUAAUGAAGAAUAUUCUAUCUGUGUCGAUUGUCACUGGCUUGUUCCUUUUGCAAAACAGAGCUGUGGAUCAACACCAAAGAGGUGCUGCCAAUGGCAUUGCUAUGACAGCUAUGUCUCUUUUUAAAGCAGUUGGUCCAGCUGGAGGUGGCGCCCUAUUUUCUUGGGCACAAAAACGUCAAAAUGUUUCGUUUCUUCCAGGUGAUCAUUUGGUGUUCUUCAUCCUGAAUGUGGUAGAAGCAAUCGGAGUGCUUAUGACGUUUAAACCUUUCCUUGCGCAACCAUCUGAGUAACAAGAACUGGAGGGUAUCUUAUUUUUAGUAUGAGAACAUAUGAUCACUUCAUUGUUUAUAUUAAGAAAUUAAUUACCUUAACCAUGGUGAGGUUUAGAUUUUAUUUAUGACUUCGACUUUAUGCUGAAACAUGAGACAUUAAAAAAUUUAAUGGAUCCGCUUGUGAAAGAUCUAUUUGUUGUAAUUACUUGCUUUAUUAAUUGCAGUUUACAUAUUACAGUGCAAAA